AUGUCAGAACCUCAGAAGAAAAAAUUAAAAUCUUCUAGUUUGUUUGAUAAAUUUAAUGACAACAGACAGAAUGCCGCAAGUUCAAUUUUGGAUUUUAAAUUCAACAAAAAUCGCGUUGAAGUUCUGUCGUCAGUCGAUGCAGUCGCUAAAAAUUCAAAGGGAAUUCUCUACUGGAUGUUUCGUGAUGGCCGAGUUCAAGACAAUUGGUCAUUUUUGUUCGCCCAAAAACUGGCUUUGAAAAACAGACUACCGCUUCAUGUUUGCUACUGCAUUUUGCCUAAAUUUCUAGACGCAACUCUUAGACACUACAAAUUUCUAAUUGAAUCUCUGGAAGAAGUUUCAAAUGAUUGCAAGGAUCUCAAUAUAAAUUUCCAUCUUCUUCAUGGCGUGCCCAAUGUCGUAGUUUUAGAUUUAAUUAAAAAGCACAAAAUGGGCGCUCUUGUUGUUGACUUUUUUCCGCUGCGAGUUCCGCUUGGUUGGGUUGAAAAUCUUAAAAAUUCAAUUCCUAAAGAUGUGCCUUUAUGUCAGGUGGAUGCGCAUAACAUAGUGCCUUGCAAGGUCGCGUCGGACAAACUAGAGUACGGAGCCAGAACAAUAAGAUCAAAAAUAAACACAAAAUUACCCGAGUAUCUAACAGAAUAUCCUCCGCUGAUCAAGCAUCCCCAUGACAGUUUAUUCGAAAUACCAACCAUUGACUGGAAAAAUGCCUUGAAGGACGUGGAGAUCGACCUUACUGUCGACAAAGUUGACUGGUGUAAGCCAGGAUACAGAGGAGCUCUGGCUGAAUUGGAGUCAUUCAUAAAAAAUCGUCUGCCGCAUUACAACACCAAGCGCAACGACCCAACUCAAGAUGCUCUGAGCAAACUGUCCCCGUGGUUCCACUUCGGGCAGAUAUCUGUCCAGCGGGUGAUCCUCGAGGUGAAGGAGUACAAAAAAAAGUACAAAGAGUCUGUAGAAAAUUUCAUGGAAGAAUCGAUAAUUCGUCGCGAAUUGAGCGAUAAUUUUUGUUUCCACAACAAAAAUUAUGAUAAAGUUGAAGGAACCAACGCCUGGGCUAUUGAGUCGCUGAACCAGCACAGAAAGGACAAGCGAGAGUACCUUUACACCCGCGAUGAGCUCGAGAAGUCUCAGACCCAUGAUGAUUUGUGGAACGCAGCGCAGAACCAGAUGGUCAGAGAAGGAAAAAUGCACGGGUUCUUGAGGAUGUACUGGGCCAAGAAAAUUCUUGAGUGGACUCCGUCACCGGAGGAUGCUCUGGCCUGGUCAAUUUACCUUAAUGACAAGUACAGCAUGGAUGGAAGAGAUCCUAAUGGAUAUGUUGGCUGCAUGUGGUCUAUUUGUGGUAUCCAUGAUCAAGGCUGGAAGGAAAGAUCUGUGUUUGGUAAAAUUAGGUACAUGAACUACAAAGGCUGCGAGAGAAAGUUUGAUGUUAAAGCUUUUGUUAGAAAGUAUGAUGGCAAGAUUGUUAACAAGAAAAAUGACAUAUCUAAAAUUUUUAAGAAGAAAUAA